GUGACCCUGUGUUCACGUGACCCUGCCGGCGCGAGCGGAGGUGCGUGUCCCCGCUCCCGGGGUCGAAGGGCCGGACGUGCGCAGCCCUCCGCAGCCAUGCUCUCCCGCUUGCUGAAAGACCACCAGGCCAAGCAGAACGAGCGCAAGGAGCUGCAGGAGAAGAGGAGGCGAGAGGCCAUCACUGCAGCGACCUGCCUGACAGAAGCUUUGGUGGAUCACCUCAAUGUGGGUGUGGCCCAGGCCUACAUGAACCAGAGGAAGCUGGACCAUGAGGUGAAGACUCUGCAGGUCCAGGCUGCCCAAUUUGCAAAGCAGACAGGCCAGUGGAUUGGGAUGGUGGAGAACUUCAACCAGGCACUCAAGGAAAUCGGGGAUGUUGAGAACUGGGCUCGGAGCAUUGAGCUGGACAUGCGCACCAUUGCCACCGCACUGGAAUAUGUCUACAAAGGGCAGCUGCAGUCUGCUCCCUCCUAACCCCUCUGCCCUCACCCCCACACCCUCCUACCUCCCCCAUGGGAGCAGGAGGGAGUCUGACAGGCCAUGAAUAAAACACAAACCUCCA